AUGGACAUGAGGUUGCAGACAGUAGAAACAGGAGCCCCAUCGCCCCCUGGAAUCCUGUGUCAAGCACCUGCUUUGCCAGACGGGCUCCCAGACACAGAUGAAUUCACCUCUCCCCAGAAAUGCGGCAGAGGUGUCAGUCCGAUUCCGCUGCAGCCCGGGCAUGACCCAAGCCACGUGCGCCACACGGCUGAGGAUGCAUUGUGGAGGAGGAGGACAGCAGCGCUGCCAGCCAUGUACCUUCCCACUGGCUGGCCUGGUCCUGUUGCCACCGCCAUCCGUCUGGUUACGGUGGCUGCUGCUGCACAUGGCUUGUCCCACCAUGCUGAUCCGAUCCAUCGCGCUGCUCCAAUCCACCUCCAUCUGCGCCACCUUACCCACGCAAGCUGGCUGCCACUGCUUCUACACAGUUCAGCCAGCAGCCGGGGGCUCAUUGCUGCAAUCUAUCAUGCGAGAUCUCAGCUGGGCCAGAAGUCUCACGAGAUGUCCUGGGCUGGGAAAGAUGGCCGGCCUGCUGGGGAAAAGGCCUACCAGUGCAACCGUGGGCUGGGCACCCCCAUUAUCCUGGGAGAAUUUGCAGAAGUAGCUGAGAGCUCUUCCAUUCCUGACGUUGAGCCGUGGUGUCCAGAAACGAAACAGAAAGAUGAAGAUGCUGAGACCAGAUCCUUGGAUGCUGUGCAGGAGAGUGAGGAUAAGAGAGAACAUCUUAGCACAUCACAAGGAGGAAUAAAGGGUGGACUGUUUGAAGAGGACUUGAGCAAUCCAGAGAGAUCCAGAAGGAAGGAGGGAAACUAUACAAAAGAGAAGGACAAAUCCAUUUCAACUCAGAGCGGGGUCCACCUUGAACAAGAAGAACAAACAGGAGAGGGACACAGAAAGCACCUGGAUGCUCAUUUGAGAAUCCACACGGCAGAGAAACCCAGUCAAAGCUCACAGUAUGUGAAAAGAGACUGUCUGAGCCAACCAACCGUAAAAGGUCCAGUGCUUGACACAGAGGGGAAAAGUCAUACUGGUUUGGAGUGUACAAUGAGCUUCACACGGAGCUCACAACUUACAAGACACCAUCAACAAAUUCAUUCAGAGGAACUGUAUAUGUGUACACAAUGUGGAAACAGUUUCCACAAAAAAGAUCUCAAAGCACAUCAAAGGUGCCAUAGAACAUGGAAACCCUUUAAAUGCUCCUGGUGUGAAAAAAGCUAUGGGCAUAGCUCAAACCUUACCAGACAUGAAAGAGUUCAUACAGGGGAGAAACCCUAUGAAUGUGCAGAAUGUGGAAAGGCCUGCCGUGAUAACUCACAUCUUAUUACACACCAACGAAUGCACACAGGAGAGAAACCCUAUGCAUGUAAAGUAUGUGGAAAGAGCUUUUCAUAUAGUUCAUCCCUUAUUAUGCAUGAAAGAAUUCACACGGGAGAAAAACCCUUUCAAUGCUCAACAUGUGCAAAAUGCUUCAAAACGAACUCAGACCUUUCCAGCCAUGAAAGAAUCCACACAGGGGAGAAACCCUAUACAUGUAAAGAAUGUGGAAGGAGCUUUUCUCAGAGGGUAAACCUUAUUACGCAUGAAAGAAUUCACACAGGGGAGAAACCCUAUAUAUGUAAAGAAUGUGAAAAGAGCUUUUCACAUAGUUCAUCCCUUAUUAGGCAUGAAAGAAUCCACACAGGAGAGAAACCCUAUACAUGUAAAGAAUGUGGAAAGAGCUUUUCACAUAGUUCAUCCCUUAUUAGGCAUGAAAAAAUUCACACAGGAGAGAAAGCCUGUAUAUGUAAAGAAUGUGGAAGGAGCUUUUCUCAGAGGGCAAACCUUAUUACGCAUGAAAGAAUUCACACAGGGGAGAAACCCUAUAAAUGUGCAGAAUGUGAAAAGGGCUUUAGCGAUAACUCACAGCUUACUAAACACCAACGAAUUCACACAGGAGAGAAACCCUAUACAUGUAAAGAAUGUGGAAAUAGCUUCUCUCAGAGGGCAAUCCUUAUUGCGCAUGAAAGAAUUCACACAGGGGAGAAACCUUAUAAAUGUUCUAUAUGCAGUGAAACAUUCCGUUACAGUUAUCAGCUUGCGAGACAUCAAAGAACUCAUGCACAGGAGACUCCCUAG